AUGGAAGAAGAGCAGUCAAGCUGCAGCCUGCUCGAGGCGCUCAACGUCUCCUUCUACAACUGCUCCGAUGGGGCCAAUGAAAAUGCGACUAUCGACAAGUUCUUCUUCUACCGGACAGCCCAAGUGGCGAUCCUAUGGGUGUUGCUGGUGGCAAUCGUGGCGGGCAACGCGACCGUGGUGCUGGCGCUAUUGCUCAACAAGUCAAGGAAGAGCCGGAUGAACUUCUUCAUUAUGCAACUCGCUAUCGCUGAUUUACUUGUGGGAUUCCUAUCAGUGCUGCCAGAUCUAAUCAUACGGAUCACAAUAACGUGGCUUGCGGGGUCAGUGACCUGCAAACUCGUUAAAUAUUUACAGGGUGUAGUUACAUAUUCAUCAACUUACGUGCUGGUAGCUCUAAGUGUGGACCGCUGCGACGCCAUUACGCAUCCAAUGAAUUUUACUGGAAGCUGGCGUCGAGCUCGGGCACUCAUCAUAGCGGCGUGGCUACUUAGCUUCUUUUUCUGCUCCCCUAUGCUUGUGCUAUUCGAUGCACAGGACGUUGAAGGUACCGCCCAAUGCUGGGCAAACCUCAGCAACCUGCAAUGGAAAAUAUGGGUGACUUGCAUUUUCGUGUCUCUGUUCGUGAGCCCCGCGCUCACGAUCUCUGCGUGCUACGGCGUUAUCGUCGUGACAAUUCGGCAGAAGAGUCGUCGCGUGCUCGGAAAAAGAGCCACUGUUAGCAGGCAAUUAAUAAAUGGUUCAGAUGACAGUGAUGACCUGGACAGCAGGCGCGCGAGCAGCCGCGGCAUCAUCCCCAAGGCCAAGAUCAAGACUGUGAAGAUGACUUUCGUCAUUGUUUUCGUGUUCGUGCUCUGCUGGUCACCCUAUAUGAUUUUCGAUCUUCUUCAAGUGUACGGUUACGUCGACCCAAACAACCAGGCCAAUGUGGCCAUUGCCACCCUCAUACAGAGCCUGGCACCCCUCAACUCUGCUGCAAAUCCUGUCAUCUACUUUCUUUUCUCUAACAGGAUAUUUGCUGGACUCAGGAACAUCCCUCCUUACAAGUGGCUGUGGUGCUGGAUGAAGGGUGCCGACAGCCCUGUUGGGAACGAGUCGCGUGCACACACCGAACUGCUCACCUCUUCGCACAGCAGGAUGCGUCAUGAUCUCACUGUCAGGAUGAAAGACGACAGUCUCAAAUUCCCGAAACAGCGAGUACACCAAUGUAACAGCACGGGUAAUUCAAAGAAGGUCAGACUGCAUUUGCCAGAGGAAAAUCAAACCAAUAACAACUGUCAUACGACGCAGCAGACAAGAGCUGAUACGUUUUUGUAGUAUUCGACUCGAUUUUAGAUUCUUAACUCUACAACGACCGACUUGAACUCAAGAAGUGAGAAUUUCAGUGAGAGUGAUUAACUUUCG